CGGCUCAACGACUCAUGCUGGCGGAGCGGAAGCCUCUCCGAUGUCGCUCCGACAGCGACGGCGAGGUCUGCUUUUCCACCUCUUCCAAGUGCACCCCACAAAGUCGGAGAGUAUCCUGAAGCGACAUUUCUGAAGCCGAAAUCGAGCAUGGAACGCUAGGUACAUUCGAGCAUUUCCCAUCUAUGACGGUGGCAAGACUUCUGAGGCUCAGCGCAUAAUAACCGAGAGGAGUCGACAUGUUCAGAACCGGGGCGCGAGCGUUACGGCAGGCGAGGAGAUGCCCUCAUACUGCUGCUGUACCUCGAAGCAUACCUUGUCCGCGAAGUCGAUGCAUAUCCUACCCUGCCGCUCGCAUGUCGUCUACUGUUACCCCAGUGAGCCCGCCAUUACCAGGCACGCAUCCUACUGACUCCUUUCAUUUGCUGCCGGAGUCAGAGAAGCCGGCCGCAGAGGAGGAGAUCUUCAAUCAGCAAGUCCAGCAGGUCAACGAGUGGUGGACCAGCCCGCGGUACAAGGGCAUCAAGCGACCCUACAGCGCCGAAGAUGUGGUGUCGAAACGCGGCACGCUGCAGCAAGUCUACCCUUCUUCGCUAAUGGCUCGCAAGCUGUUCAAUCUGCUCGAAGCGCGGGCAUCGCAGGGUCAGCCCGUUCACACUAUGGGUGCCAUCGAUCCAGUGCAGAUGACCCAACAGGCACCGUACCAGGAGAUCCUGUACGUCUCCGGCUGGGCCUGCAGUAGCGUACUGACAUCGACAAACGAAGUCUCGCCGGAUUUUGGUGACUAUCCGUAUAACACCGUGCCAAACCAAGUGCAGAGAUUGUUCAAGGCGCAGCAGCUGCACGACCGGAAGCAUUACGAUGCCCGGCGGGCAAUGAGCGCAGGGCAGCGAGGCAAGACGCCUUACAUCGACUACCUACGGCCUAUUGUUGCGGACGGUGAUACUGGUCACGGUGGCUUGAGCGCGGUGCUAAAGCUGGCGAAGCUGUUUGCGGAGAAUGGUGCGGCGGCAGUGCACUUCGAAGACCAGCUGCAUGGCGGCAAGAAGUGUGGGCACUUGGCCGGUAAGGUGCUCGUGCCCGUGGGCGAGCACAUCAACAGACUAGUUGCUGCACGCUUUCAGUGGGAUCUGAUGGGCUGCGAGAACCUCGUCAUUGCUCGUACGGACAGUGAGAGCGGCAAGCUGCUAAGCUCAGCCGUCGACGCGCGGGACCACGAGUACAUCCUCGGUAUCACCGAAGACGACGUUGAGCCCUUGGCGGACACACUGCAGAUCAUGGAGCAAUCUGGUGCCACCAGUGCCGAGAUUGACGCCUUCGAGGCCGACUGGGUGAAGAAGUACAAACUCGUCACCUUCAAUGAAGCGGCCGAAGCCCACAUUAAGGCACAAGGCAAAGACGCACAACCCUAUCUCGACCGCAUGAGUCAAGAGCGCAACACGCCGCUCCACCGCCGCAGAAAGCUUGCAGCAGAGAUCGCGGGCAGCCCAGUGAGCUUCAACUGGGACACCCCUCGCACGCGGGAAGGCUUCUACCAUUACCGCGCCGGCCUGCCCGCAGCGACCAAGCGCGCCAUCGAGUUCGGUCCAUAUGCCGACCUGCUCUGGCUCGAAACAGCAGACCCUAGCGUCCAAAAAGCCGCCUCCUUCUCCGCCGAGAUCCACGAACAGCUCCCCGGCAAGAAGCUCGUCUACAACCUCUCCCCGUCCUUCAACUGGUCCGGCCAUGGCUUCACAGAGACUGACCUCAAGGGCUUCAUCUGGGAUCUCGCGAAGCAUGGCUUCGUGUUACAGCUUAUUUCGCUUGCGGGUCUGCAUUCUACCGCUACCAUCACGUCGGAGUUGGCCCGCAAGUACAAGGACGAAGGGAUGAAGGCGUAUGUGGACCUUGUCCAAAAGAGGGAGAAGGAGCUGGGCGUCGAUGUGUUAACACAUCAGAAGUGGAGUGGAGCUGGGUAUUUGGAUGGAAUCAUUGGCGCUAUCCAGGCGGGCAGUUCGGGGAGUAAGUCGAUGGGUGAAGGGAAUACUGAAGGGCAGUUCUAAGCGUGUGCGCUUAUUUGUGGAAACGUUCUGUGGCAUGGCGAAGGUGUUAGGUUAUGUACAGGGUAUCUGGAUGCGGAUAUGGUACACU